AUGUCGGCAAUGUGGUAUCCGGAGGACAAAGAGCAGAACUGCCUUCUCAAUAGCGAAACGAUGAAAACGCAACCGAAUCUAUUCGUUUAUGAGGAUACUGGUCAUAUGAUGGUUUACUUUGAACACCCGGAUACACCGUUCAUGCGAAGAGCUCAUGAUGAUGUAAACCUUCCAAAUGCCGCGAUCUCGAAGGCUGAUGAACGCUGGACAGCUUGGUCAACGUGUAAUGGAAAGAAGGAGAAGACCAGGUACCAGAAAUGCUCUGAGUACAGCGAUGUACGGAAAUGUCGGAAAGAGACCGCUACAUGUUCAGGUACAUUGUCCGUUCAACAGGCUGAAAAAGACAACGAAUCUAGUACAAGAUAG